CAGUCAGCUCGACCCAAUAGGUGUAGCACAGGGAUGUAUCUUGAUAGCGUGUCGGGCAGAUCCUUCCCAGCCAUGGAGGGCCGUAGACGUCUUCUUCUACUGGUGCUGGGGAUGUCAGUUUUCACUGCGUGCCAGAGUCAGACAACCAAGACAAUAGGCAAUCUCACCCUCGUCUGUCCUCCUGGGUGGACGUUUUAUGGAACCAGCUGUUAUCUCAAAGUAUCAACGGUUAUGGAAAGGGAGGAAGCCAAGGAACUAUGUAUAAGAGAACAGGGAAUGCCUUUGGAGAUACAAGAUGAGGUUGAAAACAAAGCUUUGGCUGAUAUGGCUGCCGACUGGGACAUGUUUUGGGUCGGAGAAAAGAUUAAUGAUUCCUGUCAGGGCUACUGGGACGUUAACGAGCCGCCAGCCAGUGUCAAGGCAGGAGAUUGUGCAGCUGUACAGAAGAACGGUCGCUGGAAGGUUGUGCCUUGUCAGAGUCGUCUUCCUUUCUUUUGCAAGAAUCCAUCAUGUUUAGAAGGUUCGUUCGACUGUGGACGUGGCAGCUGCCUGAACAACAAGUGGAAGUGUGACGGCAUCAAUGACUGCGGCAACAACAGGGACGAGAUGGACUGCAGUUCCAAAUGUACAUUUCGAGAAACCGGCGCAAGUGGCGGCAUCAACUAUUUCAGCGGCUACGCCAACAACGCCGACUGCAUGUGGACCAUCAUCACUCCUCCUGGGACACAGAUUGGCGUCACGUUCAGCUCUGUGCGCCUGGAAGACAAGGUGGAUUUGCUGGAAGUGAGGGUUGGAGGCCAGACGAUUCAGGAUACCCGAGUGUUGGAGACACUGACAGGCAGUCUGGACAACAAGGUCAUCUACAGCACCAACAACAUGAUGCUGCUGCGUCUUACAUCUGACUCUUCCGUUACAACAUCUGGUUUCAACCUCACCUGGUCAUCUUCAACCAGUGGCCUCCCUACGGACGUCCGCCCUAUCCCUGCUGGGUCAUCGUGGACAGACUUGACGUCCCCAUUCUUCCCCAGCACCCCACCCAGCGGCUUCCGACUGGAGUGGUUGGUGUCCAGCUCAGACAAUACAAUUGUCACUCUCAUGGUGGAGGAAGUUGACCUCGCCCCUGACUGGAUGUUGAUGGUGUACAAUGGUGAAGGGUAUGACGAUAUUCUGCUGAUGGCCUCCAGGCGUGCGGAUCUCUCUUCACCGGCCAUCUAUUUCUCCACCGCCAGUAAAAUACGGAUUAUCCUGAAAGGGAAAGACACAUCUGGUGGAGGACGUGGCAUCAAACUAAGGGUUAAGAAUGGGUGCAACGUUGAGAUACAAGCAGCUAGUGGCACAGUUUCCUCACCUGGAUUCAGCAAGAAGAGGUACCCGACCUCAGUGACCUGUUCCUGGAAGAUUCAGGCUCCAAGUGAUGCAAACAGGAACCUCAUGGUCAAAUUCCUCUACCUUGUUCUGGAGACCGGUGGCAAGGAUCUGAUCAAGAUAUACAAUGGUUCAGACGCCUCGGCUGGAGUCCUCCAUACGGGCAGCGGGUACACAGGGGAUCUAACGUCAUCUCUUCCCAGCGUCAACGGAGGCAACACUCUCUACAUCAGGUUCAAGUCUAGCCUCAUUCAGGACAAGGGAGGAUUCCAGUUUGAGUUCUCUAUAGACUGCCCUUCUAUUCCUGACUCGUCAAACAUGGUGCAAUCAACUCCCGCAACAUCCUAUCUCAGCUCUGUGACUGUCAACUGCACAACUGGAUACUCGUUCAAACAGGAGGAAUAUUAUCAAAAAGCUACUGUUUCUUUCCUUUGUGGGAGAGGAGGAAAAUGGGACAAAACGAGAUACCCCACCUGUCAGGUGGUAUACUGUGGGGCGCCGGAUGCCAUUGAGUUUGGUUUCGUGAAGAACUACAGUGGAGCUGUUACCUAUGACAGUAAAGCUGUCUAUGAAUGCUUCAGUGGUUUCACAAUGAAAGGGACACCGGAAGUGACGUGUAGUACAUCCGGAAAGUGGAUGACGCUACCCACGUGUGAAUCUGCCACGUGUGGUGAAGUUCCUCCUGUGACGGAUGCUACGUCCAAAUUCAUCACCAAAACAAAUGCAACCUCCUACGGGGCAAUCGUGGAAUACACGUGCAAUGCCGGCUAUGAGAUUAAAGGAUCAUCCCGCAGACUCUGCAACACCACCAACACGUGGACCAAUACCGCCCCCACUUGUGAGAGGAUAAAAUGUCCUCUCCCACAAGUCCCAAUGGCCUCGCUGAGCGUUGACAAGCCAGCAGAUUUUGAGGACGAGAUGACCUUGACGUGUUCCACUGGCUACUGGGCCUCCACAACAAACACAAGCACCGCCCUUCUUACCUGUAACGCGAACGGCGCAAUUGAUGACGUCACAUGUGUGGAUGCAAAUGAGUGUACUGGUUCUUCUUGUGAUUCCUCCUCCCAGAGGUGUGAGAACACUGUCGGCUCCUACAGGUGUGUGUGCAGGCAGGGCUACAGGCCUGGGGACAGAAUACCAUGUGAAGAUAUCAACGAGUGCAGUGACGGUAACGGCGGCUGCCAACACAACUGUCAGAACACUCCCUCGGGAUCCUACACCUGUACCUGCAACCCCGGAUUCAAACUGUUUCAAAAUGGAACCAACUUGGUGUACAUCGUGGAGGGCGAGACAGGCCUCAGGCGACAAGACGUGUACCGUGUUGGCCACUCCUGUGUCCGGAACACAUGCCCUCGACCAAGUAAUAUCAGCAAUGGCGUCAUACACACUUUGAAGCAGACCUUCUUCUACGAGGAUGAGAUCAUGUACAGCUGCAAGCUGGGCUUCUCCUUGGGUGGCAAUGAGAAGAGGACAUGUCAAGCAUCUGGCAACUGGUCUGGAUCUGAUCCUACUUGCAGUGCUACCACAUGUCCAGAACAGACAAAACAGGGAACUGACGUCCAGAAGAAGAGGGUUGUUCGCAUUCAUCCGAAUACUACAGUGGCGUUCAAGGAGAAGGUGGUUGUAGAGUGUAGGAAGGAGGAUGACUCCACCUUCAACAAGACCCUCUACUGUGCUUAUGACAGCAAGACGAAGAAUUAUACCUUACAAGGCGACUCACCUAUCUGCCCAGUUGUUGACUGUGGACCUGUGGAAGACAUCGCUGGAUUUCGGAAACCAGACGUAGCUACGAUAGGAUCAACGUUCGGGAAAUCCUUUGAGUUCAGCUGCAGUACAGGGGCGACAGCAUCAGGAAUAUCGACUGACAAUAACAACACUGUGAGGUGUUUGCAAAACGGUCGGUGGGGGUUUGGUAAUCUCACCUGCAAAGCUGCGAAGUGCCCGGAUCCAGGCACCCCCGGGGGAUCGGAGCAGAUGUUUGACAGCUACGAGCAGGAGAAGAUUGUGGCUUACAGGUGCACAAGACCUGGAUUCACACCUGAUCCUGCUGACAACCGUACCUGUGUCUACUCAAACGCCACCAGGUCGGCAUCCUGGAGUGGAAGUGUUCCUGUUUGUGAAGAUACAAGUCCCCCGGUGUUUACCAACUGUGACGGUGACAGGAACAUUACCAUAUACAAGAUGCAGGCACCAAGCAUCACCAUCCCCUCUGUUCAAGACAACUCAGGCUUUCUGAGCAUGAUAGGUUUCACCAGCCCCACCGGCUUCAAUCCUGCAGACCCAGUGUGGAAGAACACGGAUGUCACAUAUGAAGCCACCGAUGGUGCUGGCAGGAGUUCCCAGUGCAAGUUCAAGAUCAGUGUCAGAGAAAGAGGUUCCAUCAAUCUGGACUGUCCUAAUGUGACAUACAAUGUGACAUCAACAACAUCUACCACUCACAAGAUCAACGACAGCAUCAGCCACUCUAGCGGAACACUGACCUCCGACCCUACAAUCAUCGCCAGUUUGUCCAAUGUGGGGACAUUCAAUGACUACAGAGUGACGCUACGAACCGACCAGGGAUUUGAAAAAACAUGUGCCUUCCAAGUUCUAAUCAAAGCUGGAAAAUGUUUCCAUGGCCUGACCAACACUCCACAGAACGCCGACAUUACUCGCUCCAACAACAGCGACAACAGCAUCCUCUCCUCCGUCGUCACCUGCAACAGUGGAUAUGCGUUUGCUGACGGCUCCACAAGUCGGACAUACAACUGUUCGGGGGGAAAUGUCUGGUCACCAUCCCUCCCCCUAGAGGACUGUUUACCGUCAACAACUACUGAGUACACAUACAAGGUCAGCCUUGAUCUGAAGUCCAAAGACCUAGUGCAGUCGGACAACGCAUGCCGUAACAACCUAACACAGUUUUACAAUGAUAUGAUAUCCCCUGCGACAUCCGCCAUCAACCAACUGUGUCGGAUUGACAUACUACAAGGAACCUACUACCGCUUCACAGUCAGCGAUGCCAUGUUUGUCGGAGGUGUUGCUUUCUUUAAACACAAGGUGGAACUGAUACUCAAACUGGAGAAUAACGAUGGCCGGACUACAGCUCUGGAACAUUGCGCCGGCAACAUCAACCUGCAGAAGAAGGUGUUAUUUGGUCUGGUAGCCGGAGGAUGUAACUUCACUGUGCAGGACACGUCCACGGGCGUUAAUCUCACUCGGUCCGGACAAUCGUGCAAUGUGGGAUACCAGCUGGGGGACGUCGGGGUAAACAAGAUGUGUUUACCAUGCCCCUACGGAUCCUCGUCCUCUCCCAGUGGAGGUUGUGUUGAAUGCCCUGACGGUCAGUAUCAGGACCAGUCCGGACAACCCUCUUGUAAGAACUGUGGAGACAACAUGUACUCAUUGACCCCGCGGUCCAGCAGAGCAAGAUGUGUCAGUAUGUGUCGACCUGGGUUUCGGUCUUCAACAGGACAACAACCAUGCGACAAGUGCCCUGUCAACCAUUACUGGGUGAACUCUUCCCACUGUGAGCCUUGCCCAGAUGAUCGCUCAACUCUUUAUGUGGAGGGAUCCACGAACAUCUCCGCAUGUAGAGCCCCAUGUCCUAUUGGUCAGUAUUCAGUGAACGGGUACUUCCCAUGUACAUCGUGUCCUCUCCAUUUCUACCAAGACUCCACGGCACAUGAUCACUGCAAGGAGUGCAACACAGACCAGAUCACAGAACAAACAGGCUCAACGAAUUCAAGCAAGUGUAAACCUGGAAACACAACGAUAUGUAAUGAUACCUGCUCGGGCAAUGGCUCUUCGACGUGUUCCUUCAUCUACCAUCGACUGGUGUGCACCUGUAAAAAAGGCUAUACCGGGGACAGGUGCGAGUCUGAGAUCGACUACUGCAGAUCUGACCCCUGUCUGAAUGGUGCCACCUGUAAACCCCAACUUGGGGGAUUCGACUGCGAAUGUACUGCUGCCACGGAAUGCGAGAUGGUAGAGAACCCAGUAAAGUAUAACCCUGGCCUUGACAACAUCGGAUUAUUGUCCGACACUACUGUUGCUGCCUGCAGGGCUGAAUGUAUAAGUAACUCAGCCUGUGUUGCCACGGGGUUUUACACGGACAGAGACUUGUGUGUUUUACUCAAUGAAGAACAGGCUGGAAUGAAAACUACAACGGGUGCAACUGAGUCAUACUAUGAAAAGCAAUGCGAAAGAAAGCCAUACUACAAUGGUACUUACUGCCAGACGGACCUGAGGAAUGACUGUUCAACCAAUGACUGCCGUGACGACAGCGUGUGCCGGGAUCUGAAUGGUACAUACGAAUGUGUGUGUCCCUCUGGCGGCCAGUACACACAACCACAUUGUGAAAGUAAGAACAACUCCUGCAGUGAGGACCCCUGCAAGAACGGCGGCACCUGUAAUCCAUGGGGGGAUGUUCGGUAUCAGUGCACCUGUCGUCCUGGCUUCACAGGGGUUAAUUGUGAGACUGACGUGGAUGAGUGUAAGGAGAACCCGGAUGGUUGUCUGUACGGCGGCAGGUGUGUCGAUGGCUCCAACUCCUACUCCUGCUCGUGCAAAACCGGCUUCGAAGACGACCACUGUCAGAAUGAGGCGAUCUUGUGUACAGCAGGGCGCUGCAGCAACGGUAUCUGUAUCAGCAAUUACGACAACGUCACCGCUGACUGCAUCUGCGAGAGCCCCUUUGUGAGAGAUGACAAUGACGAGUGUGCCGGGAUCAACUUCUGUUCCUCAUCCCCCUGCACCACCAACAACACUGAACGAUGUGAGAGUCUGUCAGACGGCUACCGCUGCGUGUGCAAGUCCGGCUACGAGGGAUCACUGUGUCAGCACGACAUCGACGACUGUGCCAGCAGCCCGUGUGUGCAUGGAACCUGUACGGACAAACUGACCACGUUCUCCUGUCAGUGUGACGCUGGCUGGACAGGUGCUACGUGCGAGUCUGACAUCGUGGACUGCACAGAUCAAUGUGACCAAGAGCGGACAGAUCGCUGUGUGGAUCUGAACCAGGACUACAGGUGUGAGUGUGAGGCUGGAUACACCGGUAAAAACUGUACAGAGCUGCUCAACGAGUGCGACUCCCUGCCCUGUAUGCAUGGUGGCACCUGUGUCGACCAACUGGCUGACUACUCGUGUAACUGUACACCUGGCUGGGAGGGCAAGAACUGCCAGAAUAUUAGCAACACGUGUACCGGCAUCUCGUGUCAGAAUGAUGCCACCUGCUACCCUGUGUUUGAGGACUACUUCUGCAGCUGCCAGAAGGGGACCCAGGGACGUAUGUGUGAAUCGUCCCCGAAGGUGUGUAAUCUGGUCAAGCCGUGUACCACCCAGGGUACAUGUCAGCAGUCGGGCGGGUCUGCAACAUGCGACUGUCAAUCACUAUACAGUGGGGUGUCCUGUGAGCUGAUCAAGGAUGGUUGUUCCCACAAUGUCUGUAGCAAUAGUGGCAACUGUUCUCUCGUCGAGCCAAUGGGGCACAGUUGUGCCUGCCCAGAAGGAUUCAGCGGUGAUAAUUGCGAGACUAGUGACAAUAUUUGCAGUGGCAAGUGUCCAUCUGGUACUACCUGCGUAAAGGAGGGACGCAAGACGUUCUGCCUGUGUCCGCCGCCCAAGAUUGUGUCUGGAUCAACAUGUAAAGACACAUCUCCUGACUUUGACCUGUACCUUGACAACGGUUUCGCUUCCAUCGUCGAGUCGUACAGCCCGUUCCAGCUAUCAGGCGACCUGUCCAUCAUGUUCUGGAUUGGCUACCUCAACUCCGGCAGAUCGGUCGUAAUAUCUAACCUUGACGGCAGUGAAAAGUUUUUCGAGCUGUUCCAUGACCGUGUCCGGUUUUCUGCUGCUGGCCAAGUGGUCAAUAAGACGCUAGACAAAGCAGAUCUGGAGACAGUCAAGGAUCAAUGGGAUCACGUGGCAGCCACGUGGAAAAGAAAUGGGUCCAUCGAAGUGUUUGUUAACGACAUAAAAGUCACAUCAGGAGAUAUUAACGUCAAUCUCACAGACAGCAGCAGCCUGAAGAUUGUCUGGUUCGACCCCAACUUCAAAGGUUACAUCUCCCGCCUUACUGUGUGGAGAAGCAUCCUAACCCACAGUGAUGUGUCCAGUGUUUUGGGGAACUUGAAUUACCAACCUACUGGUGACCUUGCCCUUGGCUGGAACCUCUACAAGAUGGCGGGAGGAAGUAGAACGUACUCCCCAAGCAAGGCAGGUCCCGGUGUUACACUGUGCGAGUCGGGACGUGUCAUGGCGGAAAAUUGCGCUGGACAGCCAGACAAGAAGAAGCCCAAUCUAUAUAACUGUCCAGCCAAUGACAUUGUGUAUAACGUAAGCGCCCGUGUCGUGGAGGCCAUUGCCGUCUACAGAGCGCCUUCUACAGACGGUAACGCCACAGUAUCAAGCACAUUCACAGAUGAACUCAUGAUGCGAGGCAGGUAUGAUGUUGUUUAUGCCACUAUGGACACCGAAGGAAACGCCGAACUUUGCAGAUUCAAGGUGUAUAUUACAGGAUCAAGCACGUGUAGCACAGAGGGCUUCCUGACUACCACACCUUGUGGGGCAAAAGCUAUUCGUCACUUCUGUCCUGCUGACCAAGCCCCUUCCGUCCCACUGCCAAAUAUUCUUGUCUGUGGCAAACUUGGGUCAUAUAAUCUAACGAGUCCAUUUGAUAUAUACACACCGCCUGCUUGUGGAGUGAAAUCGCCCCUCAAAUAUUCGGUGGAGUUCACCCUCAUCUACAACAUGGCAUCAAUAUGUUCCAACUUCGCUAAAGACGGCUUGUUGAGAGAGUUGAGGAGCAAGUUUGUGAAUACCCUCUCUGUGCGGUGGCCGGGGCUGUGUGUUGACGCCUGCACAAACCUUGUAGCUUCAGGACAUUGUAAGGAGAGACAAAUAGUUGUCAGUGUCGAGUUGACAAAACUUGGAGCGACGAUAACCAUGCAAGAUAACAGCAUCACACUGUCGCCGGAUGAGAUCAUCAAGAUUACAGCGAUUGAAGGAAAUGAUUUGAGUGACGAGGCCUUCACAAGCAUCGGUCAGAGUGUGCUACAGAAGGACCUAGUGGUCGUUGUCCUCAAGGCAUCCUGUGAUGAAGCUGUCGGUAAAAACAACUGUGUUGCCUGUGGUCCUGGGUCCUUCUUCAACUCCACUCUCGGCAUGUGUGUGCUGUGUCCAGUAGGCACCUACUCAGACAUGUCGUCACAGACCUCCUGCAAAUCCUGUGGAGGAAAGACCACGCUCAGACCCGGUGCAAGGACGCUGGCCAGCUGUGUGGACAAAUGUCCAGCUGGUCAGUACUUCCAAGGCAGCAGCUGUAACCCAUGUCCACGUGACUACUACCAGGAGAAGGAGGGGCAGUCGUUCUGCUACCCAUGUCCUCUGCUCAAGAGAACCAGAAUUGAGGGAACAGACAAUAAGGCUAAAUGUUUCAAUGGCUGUCCGUCCGGCACUGUGUUGCAGGAUGAUGGAUCAUGCAAGGAUUGUGCUCAAGGCUACUACAGGACGCGCAAUUUACAAGACAACUGUACGAAAUGUCCGCCUGGAAAAACCACUGAAGGAACCAAGACAACAUCGUCGUCCGGCUGUAGCUUACCUGAAUGUCCCCGUGGCAGAUACAUCAUUGACAGCAACGUGUGCACGACGUGUCCUGUAGGGACGUUCCAGCCGACACAGUUGAAGAGACAUUGCAUCAAGUGUGAGGACGGCUACACAACUGAAGCUGAAGAAUCCACAAAUGCUACUGACUGUAAAUUUUUCUGUCCUGAUGGCUAUGAACAGAAAACGUCUGAUAACAAGACUUGCACCGUGUGUCCGCGAGGGACCUUCCGCUCCAGCACAGAGAAACCCUUCUCGACCUGCAAGAACUGCAGUGAUGGGUUAACGACUGACAGGGUUGGCUCUGAACAUGAAACAAAUUGUAGCAUCAAGGUGUGCACUGCUGGGCAGAGACUGACAAGGAACCUGUCAGCAUGUGAAGAUUGUCCUAAAGAUACCUACCAACCAGAGACACUUCCUAGUAGCACAACACAGUGCCAUGCUUGCCUCUCUCCAAACGGAACCAAGCAGCCCAAGAGUAACUCUUCCUCUGAUUGUCUUCCAUUCUGUGCUGCGGGCCAGCAGGUCAAUGGCACUCAAUGUGAGCCAUGUCCUAGAGGGACCUGGAACAAUGGAUCAUCUCAGAUGAGGUUCUUGCCAUGUGAAGCCUGUUCUGAUGCCAACUACACAACCCCCACAGCUGGUGCAAAUAACUCCAGCCAAUGCAGACUGAGAAACUGUUCACCAGGGUACAGAAUUGUAUCAGGGAAUAACUGUGAGGCAUGUGGAUAUGGGCAGUUCCAGCCACUUCCUGCACAGAGCAGCUGCAAAGAUUGUGGCUCUGAACUUAAUACAUCAACAAUCGCUUCUACAUCACAGAAAGACUGUACAAUUUCAUGUCCCCCGGGAAAAGAAGAUCGGGGCAAGCAAUGCUUUCCUUGUCCCAACGACACUUUCAAAGACCGAGGCGGAUUUGGCAGUUGCGAGCAGUGUCUGGGCAGCGUGACGUCAGAUUCAAAUAGAAUCAACUGCAAUGUCAUGUUCUGUGACAGAGGCGUUGGUUAUGACGCGGCUGCGAAGACGUGCACUGUCUGCCCCCAGGGGCUCUACAAGGACACCAGGGGCAACACUGCCUGCACGCCGUGUCCCAAGAACUACACCACUGCAGGCACCAAUGCCACAGACUCAGCAGGCUGUGAUAAACUGAACUGUGUGGAGGGAUUCUUUGCCCAUAAGACAAACACGUGCAUGCCGUGUCCUAAAGGUUACUACAAGGGCAGUAUUGGAACGGAGAACUGCACCAAGUGUGAUGCUGACAAGACUACACAAACAGAAGCUUCCAUUAACCAGAGCGCCUGUAAUCUGAAGGUGUGUCCUGCGGGGAAGUACCGGUCAGAGGCCAACACCUGUCAGGAGUGUGCAGUCGGGGAAUACCAGCCUAACUCAGGGCAGACGCAGUGUACAAAAUGUGACACGGGAUAUACCACACUGUCCACAGGAUCAAGUACAGCCUCAGAUUGUCUAAAUUCCUGUGGGGCUGGAACGUACCUCAAUGUGACGUCACGCUCGUGUAUCUCGUGUCCCCUGGGCACCUUCUUGCCUAACAACACAGGAACCACCCAGGAGUGUCUCAAGUGCCCCACCGGCAUGACAACACGUGACGUUGGAGCUACUCAACAAGACACCUGUGACCUAGUGGACUGUCAGCCAGGCAACUACAGGAAAGAGGGCAAGGGUUGUCAGGCGUGCGGCAAGGGGUACUACCAACCGACCAGAGGAAAGACAUCUUGUAUCAAGUGUGUUGACGGCAAAACGACAUUACUCUCUGUCACAAACGCCACGACCGAAGCCCAAUGUAUCGCUGACUGCCGUGAGGGUGAGGAGUACAAUCUACGAACUAAAAAUUGUGAUCCGUGUCCCAUCGGUCAGAUUCGGGAACCCAGCGUCAGCGACUUCUGCUACUUCUGCCCCUCUGGUCAGACUACAGCAACUACAGGAUCAACGACAUGCUUAGACUUCCCAGGUACUACCCCCGCGCCAGCGCAGGUGACAGUGAAGUUGGAGAUGAAAUUCAAUGUAACAGACUGUGUCAACAAGGACUUUAUAGAAAACACAAUCCGUCUCCAGAUUGAUGUCUUAAUUCUCAACUGGGCCAACGAGUUCCCGGACCUCUGCCAGGACAGUUCCUGUGCCAACAUUGUUGUCAUCAUCCUCGUUCCGUGUGGAGGGACCCGCAGUAAGAGACAAACAGGAGGAACAGUCACUGCUCAAAUCUCGGCGUCAAAUCUACCAGAGAAACUUACCAAUAAGAAGAGCACUGUGAGUAGAAGUCCAGAAUCUGUGCUGGUACAGGCUCUAUAUGAUAAUGCUGCUGUUACCCCAGCACUGACUGCUGCCGGAAUCACAUUCGACUCACUCACUCCACCAACAAUAUCAUGUGGGUCUGGCCUUGUGAAGAAAUUAGGGAAAUGUGAGCCCUGCCCAGCCGGCACAAGACACAACACGUCGACAGAAGCCUGCCAGGACUGUGACAUCGGUCAGUACCAGGACCAGACAGGGAAGACAUCUUGUAAAGUCUGCCUUGGUAUGCGUUCAACCAUCGUGACCAAGAGCACCAACGUUUCAGAUUGUGUUUCCAAGUGUCAACUAGAAACGGGUUAUUGUAAAAACAGCGGAACCUGUAGGGACAGUACAGAUGGAACAGUGAGCUGCGCCUGCAGUGAAUACUACACUGGUGAUACCUGCUCUGUCCGGCGAUCUCUUGAGUCAAACCUGCCUUGGGUCAUCGUCGGCGUCUGCAUUGGCCUCUUUGUUCUGCUCGUCACCAUCCUGGGCGGGGGCUUUCUUUGGCACAAGCAUUCUAGAGGCAGCGCCAGGAAUGACAAACACAUGAUUGUUGACGAAUCAUCCGCUCACCGUGACUAUAUGAGGUCGCCAUUUGCAGCACACCAGGGAUACAUACAGUACACAAACCCAGAGUAUAAUGAAGCCUACGAUUUCUACAGUGCAGACGGAAGACAUUCGGACCAAUAGAAUGGUGUACUUAGAGAAGUCUAUUGAUGGCAUUCAUUUUUUUCCUUGCAUUUAAAUUAAAGAUAUGUAUCCAUUUCAUUGAUUUGUCAGUUGAAAACGAAACAAAAAUAUGCAGGCAGCCCUCAUUAUGUUGGGCUGCUUUAAGGUUUUUGGCAAAUAUAGAGAAUCUCCGUCGCCCACACAUAGGGCUACAAGAUACAAGAACAUAUACAGGAUAUUAUAUAUACUAAAUCUUCUUGUUGUCUUUUGGAAUUUAAAAUGUAUCAUUCACCAUUGUAAUGGGUCAAGGUCACCCGAGCAUCAAUCUCUGGAAAAAAGGUCAUUGGAAAACUCUUCAGAGACCUCCAAUAUGGUCAUGAUUCCUCCUUUGAUGUUUCAAAAGGAUUAUGUGCCAUUUGUAUGAACCAAGCCUUUCCAGCAGCAGUUCUUAAGUCUUGCAGAUGUUAUGAAGAUAUUAUUUAGAUAAUUACGCAUGAAAAUAAAUGACAUACUUAUUUCGACGGGGCGGUUGGUAGCCUAGUGGUUAAAGUGUUCGCUCGUCACGCCAAAGACCCGGGUUCGAUUCCGGACAUGGGUACAAUGUAUGAAGCCCAUUUUUUGUGUCCCCUGCUGUGAUAUUGCUGGAAUAUUGCUAAAAGCGGCGUAAAACCAUACUCUCUGACUGACACUAUUUCGACAAUAGUGUCAUUGUUACAUUUUAUUCCACUAAGGAAUAAUGUAUUUGGUUUGCAUAUUGUGGUAUCAAGGGAAAUGUUCAUAAAAUACAUGUGACUGACACGAAAGAUCACAUUCACAAGGCCAUAUGUCAAACAUAUGUUCGUAGCUACUGUAGGCAUAGGAAAUGUGCUGCAUAUCAAUCCCAGAAAUGGUACUGACUUGGAAAGGCUUUGGGUGUGAUCUAAACUCCUCUUGCAUGACACGUUUUCAGAACAGAAAGUGGUGGAAUUAAACCUACAUAUUAAAGUACAUAUAACUUUAUCAUUGUAAUAAAAGACAUGAAACUUAAUAUAUGAAUGUCUUACUCUGUUAUACGUAUGUUUCAAAACCCGGAAGUGACGUAAUGACUCUCUCUUUAAGGUAAGGAGCAGCGUGGUGUACAUGGAAUUCUCUAUUUUCACCUGAACCAUGUUCCCGAGUGGUACACUUGGCUGCUUCUGGUUUUGUUUGUAAAAGUUUACAGAUAUGUUUCUUGUUAAUAAAGUCUGAAUGUGUGUAUUCUAUUUCGCGCUCACAUUUAUGUUAUUAUCAAUAUUUUCUCAAGUAUAUGGUAUAUCUAGCUAUGACACCUGUAGUACAUAUUGAAUGCAUCAGAAAACUAACUCAACAACGGAGAGACAUCUAACUUCAUUUAGCAAAUUCACAGUAUUCUCAUGUACUCUACAUAUAUCUUACCUUUAUUCGUUUAUUCUUCUAAUAGAUUUGCUUUCAAGAGAUAUAAUAUACCCAAGCAAGUAUAUUGUUUUGUCCUUGUGCUACGUUUGUUACAAAAUCUGUAUAUCAAAACUAAUAAAAAAUCAUUUAUA